GUCGGUCUCUGAUAAGGAAGGAGUAACUGAACGCGACUCUUUCAGACUUGAGCCAACGGGUACAGGAUACAGCCAACUUCAAAACUGCUUGUGAACAUUCUCGUCACUGAUGAGCCUCUUUGGGUGCAGUGACCAAAGAAGCUAGUACUGGGCGCCUUCAAUCAGUCCCUGGGCACGGAAAGAAGACAAUCGUGAACCCCUCCAACCCUCGUUAUCUAAUCCGACGCGCAAAUAUGGAGCAGCGACACGAGCCUACUGCGGGUCUGAGUGGUCCUCAGUCUUCCCCCGAGACAGACGAGACUCAAACCCAAGGGGAUGAAGAGCAAGAGAAAUCCGUACCUAAGCUAAGCCAGUCUGAUCACGAAGACGACGACGACGACGACGACGACGACGAUUUGACACAGCUCGUGCAACCUCAAGUCGACGAAUCUCCACUACCCGAGACUCAACAAAAGAUUGUGCAAGACACUGCACCAAAAACCAUGCAAUACGACACUACUUGUACGGAUGAAGGUUUCUCGGAGGUAGACGCCAGUCUAAUCAAGUCUCCGCCUCGCGUUGAAAAGCAUGACACUCCGGCUACCAAAGAGAAAGAGAUUAUUUGGUCAAAAUCCACAUCUCAAAUUCCAGCUCGUGUCAAGGAAAAAAAGGGGAAAGAGAGAGAGGUUAUUGCACCUAUCCAAGUACCUUCAACUCCACGUGCUACUCAGCCACUUAAAACUCCAAAGUCAAUCCGAUAUCAACAAACGCCCGGACUGUUCAGAGAUACAUCUGAGAAUCUUCCAAACGAGGAUCGUUUAAACGGUUCGCCUAGCAAAGAGGAAAAGCUGCCCCCGUUCGAUUGGGAAGGUACUCACGAAAGAUUCGACGACGAGAUUCGGAAGGUUUGCAGGGAGGAGGAGAAAUUGUCCGUACAGAUUGACCAAUACUCAAAGGUAUGGAUGUCCGGUCGCACACUUUGUUUCUUGUUUAACAAUAUUAGCUCCUCAACGCCUGGGCAGCGGGUGCGUCUCAGAGAGAUACAAAUCGGGCCUCCAAACGGUAUGUAAAUACCAUGCUCAUGAAUUUGGCUUUCACUAACAACUACCAGCUUGAAGACGCGGGAACGGUUUGUACAGCUUUCGGAGGAUAGACUACAGAAGAAAGAGCAACACGGUAUGCAUACUCUCGAGCUUUUCCAGCGAGAUUUACUAAUUGACAUUAGUCGAGCAGGUUGUCUCCGCUUUCGAGGCAGCCCUCGAUCUUCUCGGAACCACAAAAUGAAAGCCUUGAGUCUUCCAAGAGCGAUAAAUGGACUUCUGUCACUUUUUCUUCUAACACUACAUGUCAAGUCUCGCCAAUGUUCAAUGUAACAUCUAUUGCAUUUUUUGCUAUGGAGGAGGCUAUCGCAUUUCAGAUGAUGGAUUCGGUUUUUAGAUUUGCAUUGUAUUUUCACAGUCUUACCACUUGCUGUUACUAUCGAGCAUAGCCUGUAUUCAAUGAUACCCCCUUCCCUUCAAUUCUUCUUAGUUCUUUUGAUUUGUGCUAGUAUCCACAACAUAGGUAAUGAGGAGGAAGGGGCGCUCGAAUUAUG